AUGCUGCUCACCAAAACAAAUCUUCUUAGACCACUUCGACCACAUCUAAUCCUCUCGCCUGCAAUCUUUAGGAAACGUUAUCAUCAACCAUCCAACAAUAUGAGGGUUCUCUUGACAGGUGGAUCCGGCUUUAUCGCCGCUCACUGCGUCGACUAUCUGCUUCAGCAUGGCCACUCUGUCGUCUUCACCGUGCGCUCGGCGGAGAAGGGCCAAAAGAUCUUGAGGAAUCAUCCUGGUCAACCAAAGGACAAACUCAGCUAUGUGAUUGUUGGUGACAUUGCACAAGAAAACGCCUUCGACGAGGCCGUGAAGUCAGAUCCUCCCUUUGAGGGCGUUUUGCACACCGCGUCGCCAUUCCACUUCAACGUCACGGAUCCCAAGAAAGAUCUCCUUGAUCCUGCCAUCAUUGGUACGACUGGAAUUCUCAAAGCGGUCAAGAAAUAUGCCCCUACCGUCAAGCGAGUUGUCAUCACCAGUUCGUUCGCGGCAAUCAUAAACCCCAAAUCGCACGAGAAGGUCUACAGCGAGAAGAACUGGAACCCGGUAACCGAAGAAGAAGCUACGCAGGAUCCAGCGACGACAUACCGCGCGUCAAAGACGUUCGCUGAGCGGGCGGCAUGGGAGUUUGUCGAAAAGGAAAAGCCCAACUUUGAUGUCGCGACGAUCAAUCCGCCUCUCGUCCUGGGUCCGGUCGUGCACUACCUCAAUUCCCUCGAUACCAUCAACACGUCCAACGAACGGAUCCGGAACAUGAUCCAAGGCCGCACGAAGGAUUCCGGCCUCCCUCCAACGGGCGCCUACCUCUGGGUCGACGUCCGGGACGUCGCACUUGCCCACGUCAAGGCCCUGGAGAUUCCCGAAGCCGGCGGCAAACGUUUCUUUACUACCGCCGGCCUCUAUUCCAACGCCGACAUCGCGAAUAUCAUCAAGCAGCAUUUCCCAGAUCUGGCCAGCAAGCUGCCGGACAAGAUCGAGAGCGACAUGCCCCAGGAUAUCUAUCAGUACGAUAACUCGAGAUCCAAGGAGGUGUUGGGGUUGAAAUACCGAAGCUUGGAAGAGAGUGUUGUGGAUACCGUGAAGUCAUUGCUCGAAGUUGGUGCCUAG